UCUUGGGUUUGGCUCUGCUUGACGUGGCUUGGGACAACGCGGUACGAUUUAGGUUUUUGGUGCAAACUUUCCAUGCCAUUUGCUAGUUUCAUCGUGCAGAUUUCAUAUACUAUCUUGUGAUUUAGAACUUGACCGUCCAUCAAUACACGAUCCUGGUGCUGAGUUUCGUGAUCAUGACGGGAUCGGUCGCUCCGCUCAUUGACGUAGCCUACGGCCCGACCAAGCGGCUCAUGCACUACACGCUCCGAUCCGUCCAGGCGACUGGAUCUGACACCGACUUCCGCGUACUCUCCUGCAUCUACUCGACGCGCCACGUCUCGCCCAUCGUCAACCUCCUCGAGAUCUCCACGGGGAACAUGCGGUCGCCCCUCACCGUGUUUGGGCUUCACCUCGUCGAAGUCACGGGUUGCGCCUCGGCGAUGCUUAUCAUCCACGAUCCGCACAAGCCGAGCAGGGCACACCGGCACGACCAAGCCCAGUCUGAUCACAUCAUGAAGUGUUUGGAGAACUUCGGGUGCCAGAACCGGUCCGCGUCGGUCCAGCCCCUGACCAUCCUGUCCCCCUACGAAAGCAUGUGCGAGGAUGUGUGCGGCCUGGCCGAGGACAAGCGCGUCUCGCUCAUCAUCCUCCCGUUCCACCGCCGGCCCGCGAUGUCUGGGGCCAUGGAGGACGCGGAGCCUGUGUUCCGGCCCAUCAACCAGAGCGUGCUCGCGAACGCGCCCUGCUCCGUGGCCCUCUUUGUCGACCGCGGGCUCGCGGUGGCGGCGAUGCGGCGGACGGAGUCGAACCGGGUCGUGGCCCGCCAGGCCGCGAUGCUCUUCAUCGGGGGCCACGACGACCGCGAAGCCCUCGCCUACGCAUGGCGAAUGGCGGGCCACCCCUCCAUCAGCCUCACGGUGGUGAGGUUCCUCCCCGGCAGCGAUGCCGUAGACAUCGAGCCCAUGGAGCUCCAGGAGCGGCACGGCAUCCUGACCAUCAUCUCCAACAUGGAGAGGCAGAGGCGGCUUGAUGACGUCUACGUUGCCGAGUUCCGCCGGAACAACUCGGGCAACGAGUCGAUAACCUACCGCGAGGUGACGGUAAACAAUGGGAGCGAGACCGUGGCGGCCAUAAGGGAAAUGGACCGCGACUUCGAACUGUACAUCGUGGGGCGGAGCGAGCGGUCCCUAUCGCCCCUCACGUUCGGGUUGGCGGAGUGGAGCGAGUACCCGGAGCUCGGGGCCAUCGGCGACAUACUCGUAUCGUCGAAUUCCAGCACGAAUGCUUCAGUUCUGGUGGUGCAACAAUAUGAUCCGGAGUCCACAGCGACAGAUGAAGAUGGGAUUGGGAUCUUAGAUAGCUUGGCGUAUUUCAAGAAGUAG